AGCCCUCAGCAUCAAUAUAUCCCCACGCGCGAAGCGAGGGCCGUCCUGUUGACUCCCCAUGUGGCGCGCCGGACCACCGAUCCGCCUCGAUCUGCUUCGAUUCCUCCCGCUCGCCCUGCUAUGCGGGCUGGGGCUUCGCCUGAAAACCCUCGAGCCGUCGGAGUUGGCCGCCGGCGACUCCCCUGAUCCGCCGCCCCACCCCGCCCCGCCCCCUUUCUUCUCUGUAAGAUUAACCCUAGCUAAUCUCUCUCCAUGCGUCUCUUGCCCUUGUGCCUCCAAUCCAAAUCUAGACUAGGACGAACCCGACUCAAUCCAGAGUCCGCGUCCGCCUUUUCCCUACUCCUCCUACUCCGUUUUGGAGACGGAGGAGGAGUAGUUGCCCGUCCUCCUCCGUUUUGUAGACGGAGGAGGAGUUGUCCGUCGGCCCGGCAACGUCGUCUUCUCCUUAUAUACAGGAGGAGCUGACGUUCACGUUCAACUAUCCAUCGUAAACAAUAAGCGCUACUGCAAUAAACAACCAAGGAAGUCCAAUUCAUCAGCCAAGCUAACACCAUGAAGAAUAAGAAGGGUAGUCGCCGCAACCGCAAUAUGCAGAAAUCAGCAGCUCACGAUAACCACUUACUAGUAGUGGAUAGGUUCACAAAGCUUCCUGAUGAUCUCCUGCUCAAUAUCCUCGACCGCCUUGACACGCCCGACGCUGUCAGAACCUGCCUCCUUUCUAAGAGGACGCUCUACCUCCGACAUUUGCUCUCAAAAUUGCACAUUUGGGUCACUUCCUUUGUGCCUGAUUGUGGUCAUGCCACUUUCAAGGAUACAAUUCAGAUGAAUGCUGCGGUAGCCGAUGCAACAGACAACAUUCUCACUUUCAGAAGCCAAGAGAUUCCCCUUGGCCAACUCAGCGUAGGCUUCUACUUGAAAUACUACGACUGUCUCACCAUUGGUAAAGCUGUUGCCCGAGCCAUGGCCACCCACAACCUCCACAGUGCUGAAUUCAUUAUUAUGCCAGAGAAGAAGCUACAAUAUUGCACUAUUGAUGAUCGCCGCCGCAGUGGGAAGCUUCUCAUGUCCUUUUUUUAUGCCUGUACUGAUGCAUUUGCUGGCCUUACACGUCUCUAUCUACGCAACUUAAAGCUUGCUGAAAAUGACAUUCCCAACAUCAUUGCCACAUGCAAACGACUAGAGUAUCUCCGUUUGUCCAUGUGUGAAACAGAAGAUAGUGUGUUGCACCUGCAGGUGGAACACCCACAGCUUGUUGAGCUUGAUAUCUCCGAUGCAGGCUUAGAACUAGUUGAGCUCAACUCCCUACCGAACCUCAAACGGCUGGUUUUUAGUGUGUGGGUCUGUCCCCAAGAACCCUUGUCUUUUGGCAACAUCCCAUUGCUUUCAAGCCUAAGCCUCACUAAUGUAAGCAUGAGAUGGCAGAAGGUUAUCAGAUUAAGUCAGUUCCUUCCUAGUGUCCCCUCCAUAAGAGACCUGCACCUCAGCUUCCUAAGUGAAAAGAUUUGGGUUCAGCCAGAGUGUCCGAAACUUUUGUCGCCGGUUCUCCAGAAUCUGCAAUUUUUGAAUCUGGAAGAACUCCCUGAAGGAUGUGAUAUAGCUUGGACAAGAUUCUUCCUUGAGGCUGCACCUAACCUAAAGGAGGUAUGCAUCACAGUUUGGGACCAUUGGUGUGAUAUGGAGACAGACAAGGUGGAGCGGGAAGAACAGGGUUACUGUGACAAAAGAAACGUGGAGUGGGAGUCAUCUGCCCCUGAUGGUUUCAGGCAUUACAACCUGACUAAGCUCACCAUUUAUGGUUUUCAACCAAAUGAGAACUUUAUGGGAUACACAAGGCACGUCAUGGAAGCCGCAGUUAACCUAGAGGAGAUAUCCUUAUACGACAGGAAGGUCCUCCAGUGCUGUGAAGACUUGGAUCCAAAGAUCGAGGUUGCUCCAUCAAGAUAUCCCCAGACCGUGGAGGAACAGGAAUUGCUGAGGGAGCAGAUUACAGAGGGAUUGGUGAUGGCGUCACCUCAUAUAAUUCACUUCCGGUCUUAAUUCCUCAGCGCAAGAUGUGAUUUGCCGAGUAGCAAUAAUAUAUGCUGACUGUUCUGAAUUUUUUUUGGCAAUGAAAUACUUUUGUUUCAAACGUUUGAACGCAUAAUUAAUUUUCUCUUGUUUCCUGCAACUUGGUUUCAGGCCAUAUGUAAGCAUGGUAUACAAUAGUAAUAUAUUUGAAUGUUCUGAAUA